AUGGAAUGGGAAUCUGGGCGUCGAAUUUAUAAUUAUAUAAUAACUGAAAAUGUAAAGCGUUUGCUCCGCCAUAAUUUUGCAAUGGCUAUACAGCCACAUGUAAAUUCUGGAUUGAUUAAUGAAAAGCAACUUUGGUCUUCAACUUCGCUUUUAUGGUUAGAUGAGUGUUAUAGUCGAAGAAUUUAUGGAUUUUCAAGUCUUGAGGAUUAUUAUGAGGAAAUUAGUUGUUUACAACACAUUAAGGGAAUAAAAUUGCCAAUGAUUUUUAUAAAUUCUCUUGAUGACCCUCUCAUCCCAGAAACAUUGUGGAAGCCAGUUAAAGACAUUUGCAAAUCACAUCCUCUUCAUGCAUUUAUUUUACUCAAACAUGGUGGCCAUUUAGGAUUUUUGGAAGGUAAAUCUCCCAUUCAUCCACGUUCUGUUACUUGGUUAGAUCGUUUUAUUCUUCAAUUGGCGGAAGCUGUAAAUUCGCAAAUGGAAAGUGUUGGUGAAUAUUCUGGUAAUUUAAAUGACUUUAAAGAUGAUAGACGAAAAAGUUUUUGA